AUGUUACUCAUUCUAGUAUACAACAAAGCAAAAGGAAUCCCUUAUAAAUUGAUAUUCUUAAGAAGAGUGUGGAAUGGCGUGUAUCCUGGACAGGAUCCUAUUGCUGAUGCAGUAUUUCUCUAUCCUCAGGUAAGUGUCUACUCCGUGAAAAGUUCGGCGGUGCAGUCGUCUGAGCAAUCGUCAUCCAUCUUUGAGAUUGAUGGUUCGACUCUCGCUUCAGAUUUAAGACAUCGUGUGAGAAAAGUAUCGGUCCACGCUCUGCAGUAGGUCGUAUUUUUUUUAAAGUUUGACAACUUUAAUUUGGCACAUAAAAAACUAAACAAUAUUUACAUAACUCAAACGGACAAUUAUAUUGUACAAGAAGAUGAAGAAAGUGCCAAAAGUGGCGAAACACAAACGAGAUUAUAUAGGUCCCAUGCAAGAGGUAAUCACCGGGUAUAUAACUUCGGAACGGUUCUUCUUUCACAAGCGAUUCCAUCAGCAUCGUAGCUUCAGAAAGAAUAAUGAAUAAUAUUCGUAAAAGAAUAAUAUAUUUAUGUUUACAUUCAUUUUAGUCAUUCAGCCUUUCAGCGAUAAGCUCUACUUUUUAAAUCUGGUUUGGGAUUAUGCAACUGGAGAUUAGAGAAUCAAAAAUUUGAGAUGCUAACUUUAUAAUUUGUGAACAAAACAGAAAAAAUGAAACAAUAUUGGCAAUGACUCAUCAAAACUACUUUUAGUGCAUUUAUUAUAAUUUUAUAUGCAUUACGGUCCCAGUUUACAGUAUCGUGGUUUAUAUAAGCUAGUCAUAACUUGCUUGCUAUUUCAAUCUGCUUACAUUUCCGGCAUCAACAAAACCCGGAUCGGAACGGAUUGGAACGGAUUGACAAAUCCCGGAUCGGAACGGAUUGACAAAACCCGGAUCGGAACGGAUUGACAAAAGCCGGAUCGGAACGGAUCAGUGGAACGGAUUGACAAAAAUUUGAAAUGACUUGUGUAAGUGUGGUUGCAUAUAGAAUAUUAAAGAUGAGACAAUUAAAACGCAAAACAAAGCCAUUUAAACGAGUUUGAAUUUAUUUGCGAUUGCAUGGGAUAUUUCAUCCUGUUUGACAGGGCUGAAAAUCUCAUCCUGGGUGACAUAAACUAGGAUGAAAAUUUCAACCCGGGCUGAAAUUCAGCCCAGGUUGAAUUUUUUUCCAUGUAAUCGUAAAAUUCAUUUUAUAUUACCCCCGGCUCCUGUGUAAUCGGCCCUAUCUGGGACAAACAGCACACAUGUUAAAUUGAGUUGAUAUUCUUUACUUAGUACUGUACUGUAAUUUUGUGCCUGUAAUUUAAUAAAUCUCUGUAAAACAUCGUUGAAAAAUUCGACAGUUUUUUCGAAGACCUUAACAUUUCGAAAUCAUCUUUGCACAAUAUAUAAAAGAAAACAACAUGGUACAAACACCAGUAUAUACAUUCGUAAUAGUAUACCUGUUCUAGACAUUUUUAUUAUUACGCCUUCCUUGCAUUGAAAACACUCAAAUUUCAAGAAAAACGCGCUAAAAUUGUUUUAAGAAACGUUGGUUAUUAUGAAGUGCAUAUAAUAUUAAUAAAAAAACAUAUGUCAGCAGAAGAUGACAUAUUAUUCCUUCGGCCGGCAAGCAUCGCCAAUUGCCGACCCGGCGUAGAAAAUUACCUUAUGUGCACGAUAAGAACAAAAUACCGAUAACUAUGGGUAACCUUUUUAGGGGGGAGGGCUCUCUAGAGAAGAGAUACUCUUCCCUAAAUACCCAACAUAUAAGCAAACAUACGGAUCAAAACAAAGGUCUUUAGUUUAAUCCGGGUUUUGUGGUCAAUCCGUUCCGAUCCGGAUUUUGUCAAUCCGUUCCGAUCCGGGUUUUGUCAAUCCGUUCCGAUCCGGGUUUUGUUGAUGCCGUUACAUUUCGGCGCGAUUCGAUGGCAUUGGGCCAACGGUAGACGUAAAUCACGUAAGGUUGUUUGAUGAUUAUUUUUUGAAAGAUUUAGGCUCGGAUUUAGGAUUAUGAGAUAACAACCGAAUAUCUUCUAAAAUGCUUUUAAGUAAUUCUUACUACUUUUUCUCGUACAACAGUAUUAAAGAUUAAUUAAAGCAUAAACGAUGGCUCCGUUAUAUAUUCUGUAUAUAAUGAUUUCUAGUCAAUUGGCGAUAAUUAGUAGUGUAAUUAAUAUCUGAUUCAGUUAUAUAUAACAACGUGCUUUUCUUUAUAGGAAGUGUCUAAAUAUCUUCGUGGGUAUUACAAAUUAACCAUAGAAGAAGCAUCAUGUUUUGCUGCGUUGAUCUUAAAGUGUAAAUUUGGCAAUCAAUGGAACCGCCCAGAAAUCACGUAACUAUGAUUUAUUUUUUUAUCCGAUUAUUACAUUUCAGGAUCAAAUUCAGAAAUGUAAGCUGUGAAGGAAAAUAGUUUCGUAUAUAUGGCAAAAGAUGAAUUUGAAAUAAUAUUAUUUAAUUGUAUAGUCUUAACUUUUACAAACGAAUUUUGUAUUUUGAUAAUUAGGCAGGUGUUUGAAGAAUUAUUACCACAUCACAUGAUUGAUGACCUUUUCCCUGAAGUAUGGAGACAGGUAAAUGACCAUAAGUAAUUAAUUGAUUAAUUUAUUAACUAGUUUAUUAAUCGAUUUAAAUAUUGUGUGCAUUGUAUUUCAUAUUGGGGUUUUUCUUUCUAGUAUAUUAUUAUGAACUGUCGAAAGAUAACAUUAAAUUCAGAGGUGGAAAUAAGAAAAAUGUUUCUGCUCACCAUGCAAAAGAAUGAACGGUUUGGAUCCGCAUAUUUUAGAGUGGGGGUAGGUUAUUAGAAAAUCAAGUUUUCCAUAUUUAACAAAUAUAAAACAUUUUCCGUGUUCAAAUACAGUUAUAUCAACACGAGUGGAAAUUGGGAAAACGAGAAAUUGUGUGGAAAUGCCAAAGAGCGAUAUUAUACAGGGUGUAUAAAAAAAAACUGAACAGAUUUGAAAUUGCUCUCAAUUUCGCAAAACAACCAUUAGUAUCUAGUUUUUGAUGUACUGUAUAUAGCUUCUUUGGGUACUUAUAUAAGGUAGAAUAAUGAAAAAAAUUUCUUGAACUCAAAUUUUGUGAACCAGGGGGGGGUUGUCUUUUCCCACAAACUAAAAAUGGCUUGCGCACAAAAUUUAAAAGCUUUAAUCGUAUUUUGAGUUAAUGGAUGGAACAUUUGUUGGGUUUUUAAUUACUGUACAAAAUUUCAGACAAUUUGCUUUAGUUUAAGCCCUUUAACUAUCCAUUUUUUUCCCUAAAAAAUCAGUCUUUCGCUUGCUUAAUUAAUGCCUUUACCUAUAAUUUGCAUAUUGCUGACAUAUGUCAAUUGGGCAAAUGCAUUAAUUGAGCAUGCAAAUUGUUGAUUUUUUAGGAAAAAUGCGUGAAUAGUUGAAGGGCUUAAACUGAAGCAAAUUGUCUGAAAUUUCGUGCAGCAAUUAAUUAAACACCCAACACAUUUUUCAUCCAUUAACUCAAAAUACGAUUAUAGCUUUUAAUUCUCGUGCGCAAGCCAUUUUUAGUUUGUCGGAAAAGACACACCCCCCUGGUUUACAAAAUUUAUGUUCGAGAAAUUUUUUUCAUUAUUCUACAUUAUAAGUACCCAAAGAAGCCAUAUAUAUCAAAAACUGGAUACUAAUAGCUGUUUUGCGAAAUUGAGAGCAAUUUCAAAUCUGCAUGUUCAGUUUUUUUUUAUACACCCUGUAUAAAUAAAGAGCAGAAAUAGUCGUUUUACCUCAAAAAGUUGCCACAACAGUCCAUUUCAUCCAAGAAGAAUCGUAUCUAUUUGUUUGGGAUUACUUCGGUUUAUUUGGCUGUGAGCAACGGGUACAUUCCAUCUACGGUUAUAAUGAUGUAAUAUAUUCUUUAUUGUUAAAUCCUUUAGCAAAGACAAUUUCUUGAAUCUCCAAAUGUAGUUAAUGUUGGUAUCAAUUACAAAGGCAUCCAUUUAAUUAAUCCAAAAACAAAGGUACUGUAUAGUGUAUACCAUUCAACUUACUAACAAUAUAAUCUUUCAGGUAAUCGUAUAUAUAAUAUCUGCAUCUAAUAUAUGUAUUUUUUACAGGAUACCAUUCGAAUGUUUCCUAUCGAAAAUAUACUGAGCCAUUACAAAGAAGAGAAGAGUUACACGUUCCAAUUUCAAAGCAAACUGGAGAAACUUGACACUAUUACAUUACACACAACACAGGUAAUGAAUGAAUUUGAGAGAAUGAACUCUCUGUUUAAAGAAAGUAGCUACAACACUAUAACAAGUGGCCCUCUGACUCUGCUAGUAAUUUCACGUUAAUAUCCUUAGUACUUAUAAAUCGAACUAAAAGUGACUGCAUGCAUGCAUGCAUGAGGAAAUUUAUAAAAGCGUAUAUUUGAUAUUGGUGUAUAUUUCUCUAUGAUCUCAAACGCGAGAGUACAGCGAAGAAAACAUUGUCUUUGUUUCAAUGGUAACUACCUAAAAAUGAAGAAGAAAACAUCGACGUCUUGAUCCAAAACCCUUCGCCCUAACGUUAGUGGAACCUUGGAUAAAGGGCUCGAAACAUCGACGGUUUUUUUAUUUUUUCAACGUACAAUAGUUUAGAUCAAAACGAAGGUAGUUUAUGCUUUCUCUAUUCAAUGUCUGAUUUGACAAACUAUGCAUGACAAAUGCAUGUGCCAGUAAGAAUGGAGAAUGGAGGUGUAGUUGUGGAUCAACGCUGUUGUGCAAUAAGAGCUUGUCAUUCAACUGUUCAGUUCUUUUAUAUAGGGCUACGAAAUAGAAAAUAUGGUUGACUCCUACAUUCCAAAGUAGACAUUGAUAUUCAAACACACUUGCCAUCCCAUUUUGGUGUUUACUGUGUUUGUGCAUUCAAUACAACGUUUUAUGGGACAGUAUGUUUGUGGGGAAUGAAAAAACACAGGUGAAAGAUAUAAUGUCACAGGUAAACCCACGCUGUCGCAGUGAAACCAUCUACGUCAAACCUGUUGAUAAAUGCUUUGGAGUACUGUAUGAUAUAGCUGGGUCCCAUUCCAUGACACAAAUAUCGUCAGAGGAAGCACUCGCGAUAUAUGCAAGUUUAUCUAAUUACAUGAACAUGUAUGUAGGUGUACUAGAAAGCAUAGUAUUUAUAGCUAAUAUAAUUAAUAUAGUAUUUAAUCAAAAACAAUUAAAUAUAUGUAAAUUAGUGUUUUUAAAUGUAGUUAAUUUCCAUAUUGCGAUUGCGGUCGGCCGACACACUAAGAUCGGCGCUACAAAUCGCAAUCAAUAAUCGUAGCUUAGGUAUAAAGAUUUUUCAGGGCAUUUAUUGUGGAUCUAAUAUGGUUUUUUAAACCUUCCCAGUGCAUGACGGUUGAUUAGCGUGCACCAUACUCUUCUAAUACCAUUCCGGCUAUGAUUCCACAGUCACCCCUACUGAUGUCACUGCGCACAUAGCGCAAUGGAUUGUGGUUAGCAGCUGAUAAUUGCCACAAUGCACAUAUAUCAGAUUAAAUAUUAUUGCAGAUUCUUGACGUCAUUUUAAUUUUAGUAAUAUUUGAAGUCGAAAACUUAAUUUCAACUUUAUAGAAGAAUGUAUUAUAUGCAUGUAAUAUUUUGUACAUAUAGACAUAGUUGAAGUUUGAAUCUCUUAAACAAAGUCAAAGUAUAAAUAUA